UUUUUUAUUUAGAAUAAUCAAAUCUUUAAAAAAGUCAGUUUCCUGAAACUGUGUAAAAAUAGAUCCUACCUAAUCUUAUUAAGAACUUGCAGAGUUCUGAAAAAAUGAGAAAUGGUGUAUGUGUUACAAGCUUGGAAGGUUUGACUUGGGUCCCUCUCCUUGUCUUGAUGGGGUUCUUCCUCCAGAUCUGGUAGUUCUUAGCAGGGAGGUGAGGACCACCCCAAUGCCAGGGGAACAUGGGUUGGGGCAUCAAGUCAGCCCCAGGUAAGUAGAGUCCAGGAGUCUGCUGUGCCCUGCCAGCCUGGCCCAGGACAGGAGGGCAUUCCCUAGCCACUCAAAGCCUGGAACCUGGAGCCUCCUGCUCCUACUUUUUGAGAGACCUGGAUUCAUCUUUGAAAGGGGUGAAUACUGUUCAAUGUCUCAGAGGGCUUAGAUGGCUCUGAAAUGUCGUAUUGAGUUAAGGUACCUUUCUUCCUGCUAGGGAAUCUCAGCAAAGAAACAAACAAACAAAAAACAAGCCUUUGCCCUUUGCUACAGUUAUACAAGUCUUCUUCACUUAAGAUGUAUUCACGACAAUUACUUUUCUUGCAAAUUUCCCAAAGCAUGGGAGACUAGUUCAGGUAAAACAGUAGUAUGUUUCAGUAUUCCAUUUUGCUAAGGCCCCAGACUGAAGAAUGAGCUUCUAAGGUGAUGUUUGGUUAUCUGGAGUAGGAUAUCCUUCCUGUCUGAUCAGGUGGGUCUUGGGGUUCAAACUGCCACAAGGAAUCAUCUAGAGGUAAAGGGCACCCCAGGGAACGUUUGUCCCCAUUCUGGAACCUGCUACUGGUUCAUGUGUGGCAGUCAUUGUAUAUGGAACUUGGGCCAGUGACUGGGCACCAGCAGCUGCUGAGUCCACGUGUCCAGGUCCCCGUGUCUCAGGUAAGUCAGUGUCCCCACCUGCCUCACACGUGAUGUGUAAAUUAUUCAGUCACAGCAACGUAGAAACUGAGUGAGCUGAUGGGAGGUCAUUUCUUGAACAGGAGAAACAUCUAAACCAAUGUCUUCUUUUAAAGAUGUCAAAAAUGGUGCCGCUGCCGAUAUAAUAUUUCUAGUGGAUUCCUCUUGGAGCAUUGGCAAGGAACAUUUCCAACUUGUUCGAGAGUUUCUAUAUGAUGUUAUAGAAUCUUUAGCAGUGGGAGACAAUGAUUUCCGUUUUGCUCUGGUCCAGUUCAACGGCAACCCACAUACCGAGUUCCUGUUCAAUACGUAUCGUUCUAAACAAGAAGUCCUCUCCCAUGUUUCCAACAUGUCUUAUAUUGGGGGCAGCAAUCAGACUGGAGAAGGAUUAGCAUACGUAAUGCAGAACCACCUCACUGAGGCUGCCGGAAGCCGGGCCAGUGACGGAGUCCCUCAGGUUAUCGUAGUGUUAACCCAUGGACACUCGGAGGACGGCUUUGCUCUACCCUCAGCGGAACUUAAGUCUGCUGAUGUUAACGUGUUUGCAAUUGGAGUUGAGGAUGCAGAUGAAGGAGCCUUAAAAGAAAUAGCAAGUGAACCGCUCAAUAUGCAUGUUUUCAACCUAGAGAAUUUUACCUCACUUCAUGACAUAGUAGGAAACUUAGUGGCCUGUGUGCAUUCAUCCAUGACUCCAGAAAGGGCUGGAGGCACAGAGACCCCUAAAGACAUCACAGCACAAGACUCUGCUGACAUUAUUUUCCUUAUUGAUGGAUCAAACAACACCGGAAGUGUCAAUUUCGCAGUCAUUCUCGACUUCCUUGUAAAUCUCCUUGAGAGACUGUCCAUUGGAACUCAGCAGAUCCGAGUGGGGGUGGUGCAGUAUAGCGAUGAGCCCAAAACCAUGUUCUCCUUGAACAGCUACUCCACCAAGGCUCAGGUUCUGGAUGCAGUGAAGGCCCUGGGGUUCAUUGGUGGAGAGCUGGCCAAUGUUGGCCUUGCCCUGGAUUUUGUGGUGGAGAAUCACUUCACCCGGGCGGGAGGCAGCCGAGCGGAGGAAGGGGUUCCCCAGGUGCUGGUCCUCAUAAGUGCUGGGCCUUCUAGUGAUGAGAUCCGAGACGGGGUCGUAGCACUGAAGCAGGCUAGCGUUUUCUCGUUUGGCCUCGGAGCCCAGGCCGCCUCCAAGGCAGAGCUUCAGCACAUAGCUACCAAUGACAACCUGGUGUUUACUGUCCCGGAAUUCCAUAGCCUUGGGGACGUCCAGGAACAAUUACUGCCGUACAUUGUUGGCGUGGCCCAAAGGCACAUUGUCUUGCAACCGCCAACCAUUGUCACCCAAGUCAUUGAAGUCAACAAGAGGGACAUAGUUUUCCUGGUGGAUGGCUCUUCCAAACUGGGACUGACCAACUUCAAUGCAAUCCGCGACUUCAUUGCCAAGGUCAUCCAGAGGCUGGAGAUCAGACAGGAUCUUAUCCAGGUGGCAGUGGCUCAGUAUGCAGACACAGUGAGGCCAGAGUUUUAUUUCAAUACCUACCCCAGCAAGAGGGAGGUCAUAAACGCCGUGCGGAAAAUGAAGCCCUUGGAUGGCUCGGCCUUGUACACGGGCUCCGCUCUGGACUUUGUUCGGAACAACCUGUUCACGGAGGCGGCCGGCUACCGGGCUGCCGAGGGGGUCCCUAAGCUUCUGGUGCUGGUUACAGGCGGUAAGUCCCUAGAUGCGGUCAGCCAGCCCGCCCAGGAGCUGAAGAGGAGCGGCAUCCUGGCCUUCGCCGUCGGAAACAAGGUGGCUGACCAGGCUGAACUGGAAGAGAUCGCUUUCGAUUCCUCCCUGGUGUUCACUGCCACCGAGUUCCGACCCGCCCCUUUGCAGGCUGUGCUGCCCGGCUUGCUCGGGCCUCUCAGGACCCUCACUGGAACCACUGAAGAGAGCAAGCGAGACAUCCUGUUCCUUUUCGACGGCUCAGCCAACCUCAUGGGCCAGUUCACUGCUGCCCGCGACUUUCUCUACAAGGUCAUCGACGAGCUGGAUGUGAAACCUGACGGGACCCGGAUCGCGGUGGCUCAGUACAGUGACGACGUCAAGGUGGAGUCCCGUUUUGACCAGCACCAGAAUAAGCCUGAGAUCCUGAAUCUCGUGAAGAGGAUGAAGCUCAAGACGGGCAAAACCCUCAACCUGGGCUACGCCCUGGACUACGCACAGAGGUACAUCUUUGUGAAGUCUGCUGGAAGCCGGAUCGAGGACGGAGUGCUUCAGUUCCUGGUGCUGCUGGUGGCGGGAAAGUCAUCGGACCGGGUGGAUACGCCUGCACUCAACCUGAAGCAGAGCGGGGUGGUGCCCUUCAUCCUCCAGGCGAAGAACGCGGACCCUGCUGAGUUGGAGCUAAUCGUACCAUCCCCAGCCUUUAUUCUGGCUGCGGAGUCUCUUCCUAAGAUUGGAGACCUGCAGCCACAGAUCGUGAACCUCUUAAAAUCAGUGCAAAAUGGGGCACCAGCUCCAGUUUCAGUUGAAAAGGAUGUGGUGUUCCUGAUUGACGGCUCCGAGGGGGUCAGGAGCGGCUUCCCGCUGCUGAAGGAGUUCGUCCAGAGAGUGGUGGAGAGCCUGGACGUGGGACCAGACCGGGUGCGUGUGGCCGUGGUGCAGUACAGCGACCGGACCAGGCCCGAGUUCUACCUGAAUUCCUACAUGGACCAGCAGAGCGUGGUGGGAGCCAUCCGCGGGCUGGCCCUGCUGGGGGGGCCAGCCCCCAACACGGGGGCUGCCCUGGAGUUCGUCCUGAGGAACAUCCUGGUGGGCUCCGCCGGAAGCCGCAUAGAGGAAGGCGUCCCCCAGCUCUUGAUUGUCCUCACGGCCGACAGGUCUGGGGAUGACGUGAGAGGCCCCUCUGUGGUCCUGAGGAGGGGAGGGGCCGUGCCCAUUGGCAUUGGCAUUGGAAAUGCUGACAUCACUGAGAUGCAGACCAUCUCCUUCAUCCCGGACUUUGCCGUGGCCAUCCCCACCUUCCGGCAGCUGGGGACCAUCCAACAGGUCAUCUCGGAGAGAGUGACCCAGCUCAGCCGCGAGGAGCUGAGCAGGCUGCAGGCGUCUGUCAGCCCCGUGACCCCUCCGGUGGUCAGCGGCAAGAGGGACGUGGUUUUUCUCAUCGAUGGGUCCCAGAGUGCUGGCCCCGAGUUCCAGUACAUCCGAACGCUCAUCGAGAGGCUGGUCGACUACCUGGAUGUGGGCUUCGACACGACCCGGGUGGCGGUCAUCCAGUUCAGCGAUGACCCCAGGGUGGAGUUCCUGCUGAACGUCCACUCCAGCAAGGACGAGGUGCAGAACGCGGUGCGGCGGCUGCGGCCCAAAGGCGGGAGGCAGGUCAACGUCGGGGGUGCCCUGGAGUACGUGGCAAGGAACAUCUUCAAGAGGCCCCUGGGGAGCCGGAUUGAGGAGGGUGUCCCUCAGUUCCUGGUCCUCAUUUCCUCCGGGAAGUCGGAUGACGAGGUGGACGACUCGGCCGUAGAGCUCAAGCAGUUUGGUGUGGCGCCAAUCACGAUCGCCCGGAACGUGGACCAGGAAGAGCUGGUGAAGAUCUCGCUGAGCCCCGAGUACGUGUUCUCAGUGAACACCUUCCGAGAGCUCCCCAGCCUGGAGCAGAAACUGCUGACACCCAUCACCACCCUGACUGCUGGACAGAUACAGCAGCUCCUGGCCAGCACACGCUACCCACCUCCAGCUGUGGAGGCCGAUGCUGCGGACAUUGUCUUCCUCAUCGACAGCUCUGAUGGCGUGAAGCCGGAUGGCAUCGCACACAUCCGGGACUUUGUUAUCAGGAUCGUGCAGAGACUCAACGUUGGUCCCAACAAAGUGAGAAUUGGGGUCCUGCAGUUCAGCAACGAUGUCUUCCCAGAAUUUCAACUAAAGACCUACAAAUCCCAGGCCAGCGUGCUGGACGCCAUACGUCGCCUGAGGUUCAGAGGGGGGUCUCCUCUCAACACUGGCAAAGCUCUGGAAUUCGUGGCAAGGAAUUACUUUGUCAAGUCUGCCGGGAGCCGGAUAGAAGAUGGGGUGCCCCAACACCUGGUUCUAUUUCUGGGUGGAAGGUCCCAGGAUGAUAUUUCCAGGUAUUCCCAGGUGAUAAAAUCUGCGGGAAUUGCGAGCUUAGGAGUUGGAGACCGAAACAUUGACAGAACAGAGCUGCAGACCAUCACCAGCGACCCCAGGCUGGUCUUCACGGUGCGGGAGUUCAGAGACCUCCCCAACAUAGAAGAAAGGGUCAUGAAUUCCUUUGGGUCCUCCAGGGCCACCCCUGCACCUUCGGGAGUGGACACACCCUCUCCCUCAAGGCCAGAGAAGAAGAAAGCUGAUAUUGUGUUCCUGCUGGAUGGUUCCAUCAAUUUCCGGAGAGACAGUUUCCAGGAAGUGCUCCGUUUUGUGUCAGAAAUUGUGGACACAGUUUAUGAAGGGGGCGACUCCAUCCAGGUGGGGCUAGUCCAGUACAACUCUGACCCCACCGACGAGUUCUUCCUGAAGGACUUCCCCACCAAGCAGCAGAUUAUCGACGCCAUAAACAAGGUGGUCUACAAAGGGGGGAGACACGCAAACACCAAGGUGGGCCUGGAGCACUUGCGGCUGAACCACUUCGUGCCCGAGGCAGGCAGCCGCCUGGACCAGAGGGUCCCGCAGAUCGCCUUUGUGAUCACGGGGGGCAAGUCGGUGGAGGACGCUCAGGAGGCGAGCAUGGCGCUCACACAGAGAGGCGUCAAGGUUUUCGCAGUGGGUGUAAGGAACAUCGACUCGGAGGAGGUUGGGAAGAUAGCGUCCAACAGCGCCACGGCCUUCCGGGUGGGGAACGUCCAGGAGCUGUCAGAACUGAGUGAACAGGUUUUGGAAACUCUGCACGAUGCGAUGCAUGAGACCUUAUGUCCAGGCAUGACUGAUGUUUCCAAAGCCUGUAACUUGGAUGUGAUUCUGGGCUUCGAUGGUUCAAGAGAUCAGAAUGUCUUUGUGGCUCAGAAGGGCCUCGAGUCCAAGAUGGACGCCAUCCUGAGGAGAAUCAGUCAGAUGCAGAAAAUCAGCUGCAGCGGCAGCCAGCUGCCCACGGUGCGGGUGUCCGUGGUGGCCCUCACGCCCUCGGGUCCUGUUGAGGCCUUCGACUUUGCUGAGUACCAGUCGGAGCUGUUUGAGAAGUUCCAGAACAUGCGUGCCCAGCACCCCUACGUCCUCACCGCGGAUACACUGAAGCUCUACCAGAACAAGUUCCAGCAGGCCUCGUCGGACAACGUGAAGGUGGUCAUUCAUUUUACGGAUGGAGUGGAUGGGGAUCUGGCUGAUGUACAAAGAGCAUCAGAGGAACUCCGACAAGACGGUGUCCGAGCUCUGAUCUUGGUGGGCCUCGAACGCGUCGCCAACUUGGAGCAGCUCAUGCAGCUGGAGUUCGGGCGAGGAUUCACGUACAACCGGCCCCUGAGGCUGAACUUGCUGGACCUAGACUACGAACUAGCCGAGCAGCUUGACAACAUCGCUGAGAAAGCCUGCUGUGGGAUUCCCUGCAAAUGCUCUGGACAAAGAGGAGACCGAGGGCCCAUAGGCAGCAUCGGGCCAAAGGGCAUUCCUGGAGAAGAUGGCUACCGAGGUUAUCCUGGUGAUGAAGGUGGACCUGGUGAGCGCGGUCCUCCUGGCGUGAACGGCACUCAAGGUUUCCAGGGCUGCCCCGGGCAGAGAGGAGUCAAGGGCUCGCGUGGAUUCCCAGGAGAGAAGGGUGAAUUAGGAGAAAUUGGACUGGACGGUCUUAAUGGUGAAGAUGGCGACAAAGGGCUGCCCGGCACUUCUGGAGAGAAAGGGAGUCCAGGAAGGAGGGGUGACAAAGGACCCAAAGGUGACAAAGGGGAGAGAGGUGAUGUCGGGAUCAGAGGCGACCCGGGCAAUUCAGGACAGGACAGCCAGCAGAGAGGAGCCAAAGGAGAAACCGGAGACAUCGGCCCCGUGGGUCUCCCUGGGAGAGACGGGGUGUCUGGAGGGCCUGGAGAACCUGGGAAGAGCGGUGGCUUUGGCCGAAGGGGACCAGCAGGAGCUAAGGGCAACCAGGGCGGCCCCGGCCCGCAGGGCCCCGUGGGAGAGCAGGGGACCAGAGGCGCGCAGGGUCCGCCUGGUCCCACCGGUCCUCCAGGCCUGAUUGGUGAACAGGGCAUUCCUGGACCUAGGGGAAGCGGGGGAACCGCAGGUGCUCCUGGAGAACGCGGCAGAACUGGGCCCCUGGGAAGAAAGGGUGAGCCCGGAGAUCCAGGACCUAAGGGGAGCAUCGGGAACCGGGGUCCUCGUGGGGAGACGGGAGAUGAUGGGCGAGAUGGAGUUGGCAGUGAAGGACGCAGGGGCAAGAAAGGAGAAAGAGGAUUCCCUGGAUACCCAGGUCCAAAGGGUAAUCCUGGUGAGCCAGGGACAGACGGACCACCGGGACCCAAAGGCGUCAGAGGCCGAAGGGGAAACUCGGGACCUCCAGGGAUAGCUGGACAGAAGGGAGACCCUGGUUACCCAGGGCCAUCUGGUUACAAAGGCAGCAGAGGCGACUCGAUGGACCAAUGUGCGCUGGUCCAGAGCAUCAAAGAUAAAUGCCCUUGCUGUUACGGGCCCCUGGAGUGCCCCGUCUUCCCAACGGAGCUGGCUUUCGCCUUGGACACCUCCGAGGGGGUCACCCAGGACACGUUCAGCCGGAUGAGGGAGGUGGUCCUCAAGAUUCUGGACGACCUGACCAUCGCCGAGAGCAACUGCCCACGGGGGGCCCGCGUGGCUGUGGUCACCUACAACAACGAGGUCACCACGGAGAUCCGCUUUGCUGACUCCAAGAAGAAGUCCAUCCUCCUGGACAAGAUCAAGAACCUCCAGGUGUCGCUGACCUCCAAGCAGCAGAGCCUGGAAACUGCCAUGUCCUUUGUGGCCAGAAACACGUUUAAGCGGGUGCGGAGCGGGUUCCUGAUGAGGAAGGUGGCGGUGUUCUUCAGCAAUAGGCCCACGAGGGCGUCCCCCCAGCUCCGGGAGGCUGUGCUCAAGCUCUCAGAUGCCGGGAUAACACCCUUGUUCCUCACGAGCCAGGAGGAUCGGCAGCUGAUCAACGCCCUACAGAUCAAUAACACAGCAGUGGGACAUGCCCUUGUUCUUCCUGCUGGCGGAGACCUCACGGACUUCUUGAAGAAUGUCCUGACUUGUCACGUCUGCUUGGACAUCUGCAACAUCGACCCAUCCUGUGGAUUCGGCAGCUGGAGGCCUUCCUUCAGGGACCGGAGGGCAGCAGGCAGUGACGUGGACAUCGACAUGGCUUUCAUCUUAGAUAGCUCCGAGUCCACCACCCCGUUUCAGUUCAACGAGAUGAGGAAGUACAUUGAGUACCUCGUCCGACAGCUGGACGUGAGCCCGGACCCCAAGGCCUCCCAGCACUUCGCCCGUGUGGCUGUGGUGCAGCACGCACCCUACGAGGCAGUGGACAACGCCAGCGUGCCGCCCGUGAAGGUGGAGUUCUCCCUGACUGACUAUGGCUCCAAGGAGAAGCUGCUGGCCUUCCUUGGCAGCAGGAUGACCCAGCUGCAGGGGACCAGGGCCUUGGGCCGCGCCAUCGACUACACCAUCCAGAACAUCUUUGAAAGUGCGCCCAACCCCCGGGACCUGAAGAUCGUGGUGCUGAUGCUGACGGGCGAGGUGCAGAAGCAGCAGCUGGAGGAGGCCCAGAGAGCCAUCCUGCAGGCCAAGUGCAAAGGCUACUUCUUCGUGAUCCUGGGCAUUGGCAGGAAGGUGAAUGUCAAGGAGCUGUACAGCUCUGCCAGCGAGCCCAACGACGUCUUCUUCAAGCUGGUGGACAAGUCGACGGAGCUCAACGAGGAGCCCCUAAUGCGCUUCGGGAGGCUGCUGCCGUCGUUCGUCAGCAGUAAAGAUGCUUUCUACCUGUCCCCAGAUAUCAGGAAACAGUGUGAUUGGUUCCAAGCAGACCAACCGGCAAAGAAUCUUGUGCAGUUUGGUUACAAACAAAUAAAUGUUCCGAAUAACGUCACUUCAAGUCCUACAUCCAAACUGGUGACCACAACAAAGCCAGUGAUCACCACCACCAAACCAGUAACAGUGGUGAACCUGCCAGCCUCAAAGCCAGCUGCCAUGAGACCUGCGGGUGAGAGACCCACGGCUGGGAGAUCUGAGGCCUCCAAGACUGAGGCCACCAAGGCUGAGGCCACCAAACCUGUGGCCACCAAACCUGUGGCCAGCAAGCCCGAGGCCUCCAAGACUGAAGCCACCAAACCUGUGGUCACCAAGCCUGAGGCCACCAAACCUGUGGCCAGCAAGACAGAGGUCAUCAAGACUGACAGUGCCAAGCCUGUAGCCGCCAAGACUGAGGCCACCAAGACUGAAGCUGCCAAACCUGUGGUCACCAAGGCUGAGGCUGCAAAACCCAUGGCCACCAGGACUGAAGCCACCAAGACCGAGGCUGCAAAGCUCAUGGCCACCAAGACUGAGGCCACCAAACCUGUGGCUGCCAGGCCCGAGGCUGCAAAGGCAGACACAGCCAGACCUGCAGCGGCCGCGAAGCCUGCAGCAGCCAAACCUGCCCCUGCCAGACCCCCCGCUGCUGCCAGAUCCACGGCCACGAGGUCCGAGGCCCCCAGGCCCCAGGGAGCCAGAAUGGCUGCCAGCAGGCCCGCCACUGCUAAGCCUGUGGUGAAGGCACCUCGCGAGGUCCACGUGUCCGAGGUCACAGAGAACAGUGCCAGGCUGCACUGGGAGAGGCCCGAGCCGCCCAGCCCUUACUUGUACAACCUCACCGUCACCUCGGCCCACGAUCAGGCUGUGGUCCUGAGGCAGAACCUCACUGGCACGGACCGCGUCAUCGGGGGCCUGGUCCCCGGGCAGACUUACCACGUCAUGGUGACCUGCUCCCUGAGGUCUCAGGUCAGAGCCGUCUACCAAGGCAGCUUCAGCACGAAGAAAAUUCAGUUUCCACCUCCGCAAGCAGAGCGGUCAGCUUCUAGUGCAACCAUCAACCUAGUGGUGAGCACAGACCGGUUGGCUGGGAGUAAAGCAGAUAUAUGUAAGUUGCCAAAGGACGGCGGAACUUGCAGAGAGUUUGUAUUAAAGUGGUACUAUGAUUCCAUAACUGAAAACUGCGCCAGAUUCUGGUAUGGAGGCUGCGGUGGAAACGAAAACAGAUUUAAUUCGCAGGAUGAAUGUGAAAAGGUUUGCCCUCCUGUGCCCAUCAAGCAGCCCGGGGUUAUCGCCGCGAUGGGGACCUAGGCAUGGCCGACCAGCGACACAUACCUCUUGAAGAAGAAGGAGUCAGCCACCGCCGGUCGUCUUUGUAGGAGCUCCGGGUGUAGAUUCCCUCGCACUGUACCGUUUCAUGCUUUGAUUUACACCCGGACUUGGGAGGAAGUCUCUGCCGCAUAACCUAUCAAUAUGGUGCUACAUGUGUCUGUGGACCUGACCCUCUUCGUCUCCGGGCGAUUCCAUCGUACACUCUGAACGUUGUGUAACCGUUACCCACUGCUGGCGUUUAUGUGAACAUUCCUAUAGACUCAACUUCCCUCUGGAGUUUCACAUUAUGCCUCUUUCAGGCAAGUGUAAAAUCUAGAAAAUAACCCCCUGACUUCACAGCUAUCCUAUAUACUUCUGCUUGGUUCGUUUUCUCGCCUCUUUAUUAAGCAUGACUUUAGAUGGAAAGCCUGUGUAUGGAGAAGAAACAAGAAUCCAACUUUUUCAUCCCCCCUGCCCCCAAUCUCCUGAAAUAGAUUUUGAGCUGAUUUUCUUUUUCUAAAGCUUCUAACAAACUAGUUAGAAGGAAGCAAAAUCCCUUAAUCUUGGUGCACUGUUGUGGGACCAAUGCCUUAAUUAAAGAACGAAAAGAAAGUCACGAUAGAGAAGAUUUGUUGGCAUUCCUCUAAUGUUGUGUGUGUGUUAAAAAAAUUUUUUUUGUGCGGGGGUGGGGUUUAAUUUUAAUUUUAAAAUUUUUAGGAAAUUUAUACAAAGAAACUUUUUAAUAAAGUAUAUUGAAAGUGUG